ACGAUAUACAACCAUAACUACCCGCUCGCCCCCCGCCCCAGUUGCGUCUUCCAAAAAACAGUCCUGGCCUCUCAGCACCAAGAUCCUCUCCAUAACUACUUCUAGAGCAAGAGAACCAGGGUCUGCGCCCCGCUCCGAAGACAAAUUGGGUUGGAGGGUUGGAGACUCACCAGAACUGAGUUUCACCUGACUCCAGAGGGCAGAGGGGAGAAAGAUGUCGGAUGAAGAUGAUCUGGACGACAUUGAGCCAGACCAGGAUGAUCUGGAAAAAGAAGAAGAUGAGAAGGAGACGGACGAGUGGGAUGACUACAGGAAGGAGGGAGAAGAAGUCUCUGAGGAAUGGAUGCCCACCCCGCUCACGGAGGCCAUGAUGAAGGAAGGACUUUCUUUACUCUGCAAGACGGGCAGCGGACUGGCUCACGCUUAUAUUAAGCUGGAGGCUAAAGACAGGGACCUCACAGACAUCAACCUUUUGCGCUCCUACAUCCAUCUUCGUUACGUGGAUAUUUCUGAGAACCACCUCACAGACCUGUCACCCCUCAACUCUCUCACCCACCUACUGUGGCUCAAGGCUGAUGGCAAUCAGCUUCGGAGUGCCCGACUGAAUGAGCUGCCCUACCUCCAGAUCGCCAGUUUUUCCUACAACCAGAUCAUGGACACUGAAGGCAUCUCUCAUCCCCGUCUAGGAAGCCUGGAUCUCAAAGGGAACCGCAUCCACCAUGUGACGGGUCUGGACCCUGAAAAACUGACUAGCCUGCACACCCUGGAGCUUCGGGGGAACCAGAUAGAAAGCACAUUGGGGAUCGGCCUUCCUAAGCUGAAGAAUCUCUUCCUGGCUCAAAACUUGCUGAAGAAGGUGGAGGGCCUGGAGAACCUCAGCAACCUGACCACCCUGCACCUUCGAGACAACCAGAUUGAAACUUUGGAUGGCUUCUCCAAGGAAAUGAAAUCACUGCAGUACCUGAACUUGAGGAGCAACAUGAUUUCCGACAUAGGGGAGAUGGCCAAGCUGCGGGAUCUGCCGAAGCUUCGAGCCUUGGUGAUGUUGGACAACCCGUGUGCAGAUGAGACCGACUACCGCCAGGAGGCCCUGGUGCAGAUGGCGCACCUAGAGCGCCUAGACAAAGAGUUCUUUGAGGACGAGGACCGGGCUGAGGCAGAGGAGAUCCGUCAGAGGAUGAAGGAGGAACAGGAACAAGAACAGGAUGUAGAUCAUGACAUGGAACCAUACCAGCCACCAGCUUAGCUGCCCUUCCAGAUGGAGACCAAGACCCUGGCCUCAGGAAUUGAUGAGACUCCGGUGGGGACCACCACACUCAUAGACCUGUGAUAGGAAGGGGGAGACGCUGGCUGCCUUUUGUCUCCGAAUUGAAAAUCCAUCAUAUCCCAAGGCCCAGGCUUUUUGGUGGUCAUCUUUGUGUGGCUUGUUCUAUGGGCCUAAACCCCUAAGGUCUGUCUGGAGCCUAGAUCGGGGACAGCCCUCAAGCAGGUCUGGAGCAGCCAGGAUGCUUGUAGCGGUUAUCUGGAGAAAGGAGCCAAGGAGGUGGGCUGUGAUGGGACAGUUCAGGUUUCAAAUAAAAAGGUAUUUUGAUA